ACACACCUCGCAACAAGCAAAACUCAACAAACAUGUCGUCAACACCAGUUUCAACCCAACCCAUCGGCUAUUCGGCGUUCCGCUCACAAGUCACCGAGUUUGAUGAGAACGGUAACCCGAUCAAGAAGAAAGGUCGCCCUGUCGGCUGGCGCAAGAGCAUCCAUAGUAAGGCGGCACUUGCAGCUGCAACAGGUCAAAGCGGUGACGGUGUAACUCCAUCGGCAUCAAAGUCAUCGGCUGCUCAGCGCAUGUCACGCGGUCAGGCAGCACCAAGCUAUGCACCACCCAAACAGCGUCGCGCCAGACAGCCAAAGCCAGCCGUCGCCGUCGAGUCCAAGGAGCCUGAAGUCGAGUUUAACGUGUUCAAAUGCGAGUGGGAAGAUUGCGGCUCUGAGUUGCACAACAUCGAUACACUUCGCAAGCACGUCAUCAAGAUUCAUGGCAAGAAGACAUCCGAGGACGACUACGAAUGCGCAUGGUCUGCCUGCUUCAAAGAAGAUGAAAUUACUGCAUUCGACGACAUGGGCUCCUGGAUGGCACACAUGGAGAACGAGCACAUCAAGCCGAUCACGCACAAGCUGGGUGAUGGACCUCGCGCAGGACUCUCAGGUGGCUGUUGAAUCCCUUUCACAGAAACAUCAGAAUUUCACCCUUUCUUGCUAACCAAUGGCUUAUUCAGACCAUAAUUCAGAAAUAUCAGAUGCUUAUCUUUCCGACUCUCGGGGAAGACUGGUGACACCCAUCAUUUCGAUGGUGCCACCUAAGAAGGACACCAAGGAAUGGAGGCACCAGCAAGCAAGAGAAGCGGACGCAAUAAGACUUAGCAAUCUUACAGGAACGAAGCUGAACGACGAGAAGUUGUUGCAGCAAAUGGAGGAGAAGUACAGGAUCGUUGGGCCGGCUAUGAUGAGAGCUGGAAGCACGUUGAUGACUGCAGAGCGCAGGCGCAACUUUCUUCACGACGAAGACUUUUACGAGGUCGUGGACCCGAACGAAGGACCAGG